AUGGCAACCACGACCGUCACCGAGAUCGCGGAAGCCGAGAGACAAUUCAUCCCGAUCAAGGCUGACGCAGUGCCUUCAGUCCAGACGUUCGCGGCUGAUGCCAACCCAGAAGAGGUCAUUAAGGCACUGAAGAUCAGUGGUGGCUGCAAGAUCAAAGGAGCAGUCAGCAAGGAUAUUCUUGCUCAAGUUGAGAAGGACCUUCGUCCUCACAUCGAAGCCGAUGUCGUGUGGGAAGGAGACUUCUUUCCAAUCCAGACACGGAGAGUCGAGGGCAUGAUUGGCAAGAGUCCCAUCUGUGCCGAGCAUAUCAUCAAUCAUCCGCUUUAUCAGGCCGUAUGCAAGGAGUUUCUGACCAGAAAGAAUUGGUACUGGAGUGGUGACAAGAAGAUAUUCGCCAGGUCCGAUCCUCAAUUGAACAACUCCAUAUGCUUCUCCAUCGGACCAGGAGCAUGGAAUCAACCACUGCACCGAGACAGUUGGUGUCAUCAAACGUACGAGACGGAGGUAGCAGUGUACCCGGAUAACUAUGACAGAGACGUCGGUAUUGGUUGGUUUGUGGCAGGAAAGCCAGCCACCAAGGAGAAUGGUGCCACAAGAUUCAUCCCCGGAAGCCACCUCUGGUCCAAAGAUCGACCGCCUCAGGAGGAGCUUGCUGUACAUGCAGAAAUGGAGCCAGGUGAUGCUUUCAUGAUGUUGAGUUCCUGCUACCAUGGCGGCUCUGCAAAUAAGACUACCAACCAGGAACGAUUGCUUUUUAGUUGCUUCAUGACCAAAGGCUUCCUGCGGCAGGAAGAGAACCAAUACCUGGCUAUACCACGUGAAGUCGUGCUGAAGAUGCCGGUCCACAUACAGCAACUGAUGGGUUACAAGUUGAGUCAACCGUUCUGCGGCUGGGUAGAAAGCGAUGAUCCACGAGUCGUCCUUGACCCUUCUCUGAAAGAUGAUCCAUCCGGGCAUUAUGAUGAAGACAAUCACUGA